ACAGGCCUACCACCCCAACUGCCGAGUAUACCCAAUCUUCGUCCUCCCCAAAUCCAGAACAAAGUGUAAAAACCCUAAUUACAAAUUUCCCUCAAUUUGGCAGGAAUGGAUCAAUACGAAGAUCAAGAGCACGAGGUGUACGGAGGGGAGAUUCCUGAGGAGGAAGGAGAUAUGGAUGCGGAUGUGGAAAUGUCUGGUGAAGCUGAGGAUUACGAAGCCAACGACCAAGGCCUUGAACAAGAUCCUAAUUCCAACUCCAAAGACUUGGAAGACAUGAAAAGAAGACUUAGGGAGAUCGAGGAAGAGGCAGGGGCUUUACGUGAAAUGCAGGCUAAAGUUGAGAAGGAGAUGGGCUCUGUCCAAGAUUCGUCAAGUGCUUCUGCAAGUCAAGCUGAAAAGGAGGAAGUGGAUUCCCGCUCGAUUUAUGUUGGUAAUGUAGACUAUGCAUGUACACCAGAAGAAGUUCAACAACAUUUUCAAUCCUGUGGAACGGUGAACAGAGCUACAAUCUUGACCGAUAAGUUUGGUCAACCUAAAGGAUUUGCUUAUGUUGAAUUUGUUGAAAUUGAUGCUGUUCAGAAUGCUCUACUGUUAAAUGAAACAGAAUUGCACGGUCGUCUGUUGAAGGUCUCUGCAAAGCGAACAAAUAUUCCUGGAAUGAAACAGUAUCGAGGAAGGCUCAACCCUUAUUUCCGUUCCCGAAGGCCUUUCAUGACUGGUCCCGUUUUCUAUCCUCCAUAUGGCUAUGGGAGGGUUCCGGGGUUCAGGAGGCCGAUGAGAUACAGGCCGUAUUAAGAUGGAUCCCGUGUUAUUAGACUCAGAAGCAGCAAAUUUGAGAAGACCAUAAUGGCCAUGUUGUAUAAUAUUGAAGGAGAAAGAUGAAGGGAGGGGCCGAUUUGUUCUCAAAUUGUGAUGGAUCCAUUAAUUCGUGAUUUGCCUAUGCUUAGCUUCAACAGUGAUAAAUGAGUGAAGUAUAAUUAAGAACCCCUUGUUGUAGAAGCUACGAUUUAAUCUUCUCAGUUGUUUCCUGUUGCUUUAGCUUUCGAAAGAGAUUUACUGUAAUAUGAGGAUUUGUAUGGGAUUAGCUUUUGUUUUGAGGUUUC